AUGCCACCGCACAAGCCACCGGCGCUUCGCCUGCAAGCGGAGCUGCGCUGGGCCGCGAAUGCCCAUACCUUGAUAUGGCGACCCGAUCGGGUCCAUAGUUUAGAGAAGCGGAUCGAGCAGGUCAUGGCCCGAAGGGCCGUAGUGGAGGAGGCUUGCACUGAGCUUUUGGCCUCGGAUGCGAAACAGGGAGUCCUAGACUCCUGUCUCGCGGACUACGAGCAAUUCUUUUCGCUCACGGACGACUUGAUCGAGGCGGGUGCCAAGUACGCUAAUGAAGCGAGUGAAGCUCGGCUGAGUGGCCAGCCCGAGUCCCCUCGGAAGCAGCCUACUCAGCCGGAGCUGUUGGGACGACUCCCAACUCUGGGCACCUGCCAAGGUUCUCCGGGGUCCUCUCCGACUGGCUGA